CAACAGCAAGCAAAGAGUUAACCUGUGGAAUUUACAGAACACUGAUUCUGCCUGUCUUGCUGUCUGUGGCUCAUAGAAUAAGAUCUCCUGCAUGAGAAGAAGAAGGACCAGACCGAUAACACACGUUUCUUCUUUUCAAGUCUAUAGUUCGCAAAUGUACACAAUGAGGGGCACCGGCAAACUCUUUUUGUUUUACUUAUUGUGUUAUCUAGCUCCACCAAUUCAGGGUGCUCGUGCAGAAUUGAAUUUAUACCCUCAAGAUGAAAUCAGACUACUCUCGGAAGGUCUUCUCCAGAUUGGGUCGGGAUUAAAAAGGGAAUUUAACCAUACAAAACAUCAAAUAAAAAGCAUUUUCCAGCAAUUAAAUCACUUCAAUGCAUCUUUGGCAAAACUCUCCGGACAAGUAAAUCAAGCGACUAAACUUGGAGUAGAACUGGACCAAAAAACAAGAAACUUUGAAGAUCAUGCUAAGCUUUAUGAGAUGCUUGCUGAGAUUUCAGAAGAACUAACCAAGCUGAAGGAAGAGGAAGCCACUCUGGACAACAAGAUCAAGCCUUUAGAAAGUAAGAUCCAAUCUGUCCUGGACAAAAGGAAUGAGAGGGAACCUAUUCUUAAUACAUCUGAUAUUCUGGCAUCUAUCGAAAGGCAAAACAUGCAAAUUAUCUCCCUUCAAGCAAUAGUGGACAGUCACCAAGACAAAAUCAAUUCCCAGGAAGCUAAAAUUCAAAGAUUGCAAAAGAAGGCCAACUCAAGAAGCACAAAGUCCAAAAAGAGACGCAAUCUUGGUGAAAAUAGUAAAGUUUGAGUGAAAUCUUUCAGAUGGAUGUCUCUGCUACACUCAGAACUACAUUGACAUGAGGAGGAAGCACUGCCCCCCUGUUAGUCACACUGCUACAGGCCUAAUGUCAUGAAGAAUUGAACUAUAAUUUAUUUCUCUAGAACUUCCUUUGAAAUAACAAAGCUGCCCAAUUCCGGUGCUGUAUUAUAGCUAGAUGUCCCAUCAGCAUUGUCUUCUCUGCAUGCUUUAUUUUUCCUCAGUACUGGAAUGCAUUAGACCGUGAAUUACUGGUGACUCUUCUAAUCUGGGAAAAGCACAUUCUGAUCAUCAGUGUCAGGAUGCAUGACUCAAUACUGCUCCAACUAGUAGCUGCGAGGUUGGUAAAAAAAAAUCGGAACAAAAUUGCACUGAAAAAAAAUCAGUUGAAACUGAGCUUGUUGCAAACUGUUUGUUUUCGGAGUAAUAGAUGUGUUAACCAUAUGGCAUCCAAAUGCCUUCCUUUUAAGUUCCUGAUUAUAGCUUCUUAACUACAAGGGGCACUACCAAAACCAGAUACUGAUGCAGCCUUUCAGGUUGAUCAGCAGUAGAAAGUAGAUCCAUCAUGAGAAAUCCCAUAAAAUUACAUUAAGCAAAAUGGCAUAAGAAGGUCUGCUGACCAUAUAAAGUACUUAUUGACAACAAGAAGUAUGUUUGUUGUGCACAAUGACAUCUAUCCUGGAGGACAGCUGGAUGAAUAGAAAUAUUGCAGGAUCUCCCUGCAGCAGGUGCUCAAGAUAGGUCUCCGGUGCAUGGUAUUAAAAAGUAAAAUGGAACUGGAUAAUUUACUAAUGGUAUAUGAUAAAGAAAAUAACAUUUAUUUUCAUUGGGAAGUGCCUGUGCAGCAAAUAGUUAAUGCUGGUGGGUUGGCAGUAUAACAAUAAUGCAUUCAACAGGUUUUAUGGGGGCUUAAAGAAUGGUGCUCUGCUCUGUGAUAUCCAUAUACCCUAAAAGUCAUAUGGCCAAGAUUGUUUAGUUAGAACAACUUAGAAUAACUAAAGAUUGUUAUCGUAAAGCUCUUUGAAAAAAUACCCCUUCACUCCUGAGAAAAAUAACAUACAAUUUGGUAUACAUAACACAAAACAAAUAGUGUAGGUAAAAGGUAAAAGUACCAUUUAAAAGAAAAAGAAAAAACAAACUUAGGCUCUGCUCCCAUUUUAUGGAAAGCUAAAUAGAGGUAGAACACAGACUGAAAAUACAGACAAGCAUAUUGCACCCUUAUCUACCUUGAAACCCCUCCCAAAGACCACUUCUUUGAGAAGACCAUCACCUAUCUGGACCAGAUUUUCUGUGACUGAUGUCCAAUUACACUAACAGUACUUGCCAUUUUCUUUGAGAAGACCCCAUAGAAGACCAAUUUAAAUCAAUUUGGGGUGGUCGUCUCAAAGAGGUUCCACAGUAUUUUAGAUAAGAUAAAACAAAUUGCUUUAUAUUUAACUUCCGCUAUAAAGAUUUUACAUGUCAUCAACCAUAUAAUCAUUGAGAUGACAUAUAAAGAAGGAAAUCUGUCAAAACAGCAAAUGUAUUAUUAGAAUUAUACUCUACGUGACCAAAUUUAAACACAGUUAUCUGAAUUAUACAGAGAUAUAUCUGAUGAAAUAAUACCACAGCCUCCAUAAAUAAUUAUUUCUUUUGCCAAAAAAAUGCAGACCAUUUUUGCCGUGUAAUCCCUCACUUAGUGAUAUGAAUCACCAAAACUCAUAUAAGACAAUAAAGGUGAGAGUUAACCUAUACAUAUUUAUUGUACAACAUAGAAAGUUAACAUAUAGUGUGGUAUGCAUCUAUUACUUGCUCUUAUGUCACUGGUUUUUGGUCCAGUGAAUGUAAUCCUUUACUAAAAUUUCAUCAGAAAUCCGCUUUAAGCACCAAACAAAUCGUGUGUGGAUGUGGAAUAACAGUGCAGCUGCCAAGUAGGGCGAAGUUCAGAGAGCUGAAUGCACUUUUCAUCUUCCUCCUCAAUACAUUCAGUUCUCAUUCAGCAGAUCACUGCCGUGCAGACAAAGCACAGUAUCAAGAAACAAUAAACAAUACUAAAAAGGGAGACUUUUGGUAUACAUAGAUUAAUUGCUAUCCAGCCAGGAAAUAUUUACUGUAUUGUGACCUCAGUCUGGGGAACAGAUUUUAUAUCUUCCUCUGUUCCUUGUAAAGGAUAUAUUUAAAUAUAAUUAUACUACUCUGGCUAAAGGUAACCGAAUGAGUUCUGCAUCUCCUAAUAUUCUGAGACUAUGUUCACACGAUGGAAUUUCCAUUCGGAAUUCCAGGUGGAAUUCCCCAUUGGUAUAGCAGAAUUACUGCUCCAGAAACAUCGGACGUGGAAAUUCAAAUUCUGGUGUCCGCAGAAAGAAUAGACAUGUCUAUGAGAUGGCGCAUUUCUGAGCAGUCCUAGUGCCAGCAUGUUCUGCCGGCGCUCCGCUGUCAGGGGAAUAUUCGCAUGGAGAUUUUCCCAUGUUGUUAACAUAGCCUAACAGUGCUCUGCUUAUAAAGCUACCAGUUCUAUUAAAAGGGGUUGCCCAAAGAGCUGGAGCGGCAAAUAUUCUUAAUUCAUAAAAAACAUACUCACAUCUUCAAUCUCCAUGCUCUGAUGGUUCUCCAUCUUUGUUUACAGGCUGCUAAUCAUGACAAACUGAGCUGACAUGUGACCCCUGCAGCCAAUCAGACACCUCAGGGGUCAUGCGUUGUGUGUACAUGUUUCCAUCUACUGACAGUAUGCAGCGAUCUUGUAUAACAUUUCAAUAUUCCAAGAAUAAGCUUUAUUUACAAACAAGUAGGAAAAAGCUUUUUGUCUUUAUGUAAACUAUACUAGGGGCAUAGGGGCAAUUCAUAAAGAUGUACAAUUCAUACAAUCUGCUGAAAUCUUUUUGCCCUUUUACACCAUGGGCACAAUUAAAAAAGUGGGGACGGCCUGGCAUAAAAGGUGUCAUGGCCUUACCCUGCAACUAAGUUAUCACGGUAUAUGCCAGGGAGCUGGCAUAUAAUGUGAUGGAAAUCAACUUAAAGGGGUUAUCCAGGAAUAGAAAACCAGAGCUAAUUUCUUUCAAAAACAGCUCAGCGUCUUUCCCCAGGUUGGGUGUGGUAUUACAACUUGGCUCCAUUCACUUUAAUGGAACUAAGCUUCAAAACCACAACCAACCUGGACACAGACGGGGAGCGGUUUUUGAAAAAAAUUAGCUGUUUUUCUAUUCCUGGAUAACCCCUUUAAGCUGUUGUAGAUUUCUGCACACAGCGGGCAGGACAGGCACAGCAAGGUUUUAUUCAUUGGCAAAAAGCCAUUUACCUAGCAAGGGACCAUGAGAAGAACAUGUAACCCCUAUGCAGAUGUUGCCACAAUCAGAUUUUAAUGCAUAGUGCCAGUGGUAAGCCACCAACAGUGUUCAAAAUAUUUUUUUACAUGAAGUAGGGCAUUAAAUAGCACAAAACUAUUUACAUAAAAAAUAACUUCUGUAGAGUGCUAAACACCUAUACAAUUUACAACCUAAAUGUGCUGACUACAAAACAGUAUUUCAUCUCUCCCUUUAGGACAUAAAUUUGUCAUAUGUGCUCUAACAAGUCUAACACAUCUGAAAGCUCUGAGACUUGGGACAUUCUACAUGAUUCUUCUGUCAAGUUGUCUAUUAAAUGUCAUGUAUCUGUAACACUAUCUUUUAUUUAUGCUAUUGUGUCAAAUACAUCUCACUUCUUUGUUACUGUACGCUAUUGUUUUUUUAUUUGUUAGCAUUUUUUAUAUGAAAAAUUUCUCCUUUUUCCUUUUGUGCCUAUAUUGAUUUCAAUAAAGACAUA